CAUAAUAUUGCGUCGAGCUCUCCGUCAGGAAUCCUGUUAUUUUUCAUUCAGACAAGAAACGAGUAUCAGAACGGAACCAGACCCAUCUGGACCCAGCAGAACCAGAAGAAGUGGUCCGUUUUGGUUCGAGCCGCCGUUAGCUAGCCGGAGGCAAAUUAGCUUCCUUUCCACUGACUCGUGCCAGUCCCGGUGUUUGCGCGCGCUACGUUUCCACAUUAACAGACCCGCGCGCACAUGGCGGCCUCCCUGCCGCAGAAGCCGGGGAUGGCCGUGCUGCCCCCGGGCGUCACGUCGGCUCCGGGCCAGCCGCCGCUGCCCCCCCAGGGAGCCUUGAGAGAGAUCUCCCCCGUUUUCCUGUGCAGGAUCGGACAGGAGACCGUGCAGGACAUCGUGACGCGCACCAUGGAGAUAUUCCAGAUCACGCGAGCCACGCAGCUUCCGAACGGUGUGACCCAAAGCCAUGCCAUGUACCAGGACCGCUUCGGGAAGCUCCAGGAACACCUCCGUCAGCUGGCCCUGCUGUUCCGGAAACUCCGGCUGCUGUACGAGCGUUGCGUGGAGAUGACCUCUGACCUGCAGGAGGGACCCACCGAGCUGGUUCCAUAUGUGGGAGAGGAUCCGGGUUCCAUCCGGGUGGAGUCCUGUAGCCCUGCUGUCAGCCAGGAGAGGCAGGAAGUUCUGGAGGUCCGUCAGAAGAACCAGGAGAUGAAGGCGGUCAUGGAUCAGAUGAGGAACCUGCUGUGGGACAUCAACGCCAUGCUGACUCUUAGGAAGUGAUGUAGCGAGGAGACACUCUGCAGCGAGGAGGAGGAGGACUCAGAACCUUCAGUUCUUCAUCACUGACUCAGAUCUCCGACUCUUCUGAUGUUUAUUGAUGAGACAAUUAGAGAAAGAAGACAUGUUCCUCAGUUCUGAUCCUGUUUCUGUACAUAAUGAGUCCAUCACGAUGAUGAUGGUGGUCACACAGGUGAGUCUCUACAGGUAGCUUCAGGAACUGACUGCACGCUGUUUAGAACAACAGUAAAACCCUGAGAAGGAAGAGCUGUGUGCAGGUGCUUCAUGUGUUUCCUUUGAGCUCAUUGAGUUUAUUUUUGUAAAAUUUUUAUAAAACUUGGAUUUUCUGCACUGCUUUUCUUUAGUUUGAAAUAAAGUUUAAAAAAAAAAAAAAUCACGGUUCUGAUGAAUUGGUGGGCGAUCAAAAUGAUCAAUAAA